AUGGCUCGAACUAAGGGUAACAACACCGAAAGACCAACCACUUCUAAGCAACCAAGAAAAUAUUAUGCUCCAAAGUCGGCGUCUAAAAAGGCUGCAGUCUCUUCUAAGAAGGCUGUUGCUGGUGUUUCACAAAAGAAGCCAGUUGCUAGACACUCUCAUCCUGGGAUCAAGGCUUUACAAGAAAUUAAAUUUUAUCAGCGUUCAACAGAGCUUUUAUUAAGAAAAUUACCAUUCCAACAUUUGGUCAGAGAAAUUGCCCAACAAUCAAAGUCUGAUCUUAGAUUCCAGUCUGCUGCUAUUGCUGCUCUUCAAGAAGCUGCUGAAGCUUAUCUUGUUGGUCUUUUUGAAGACACUAAUUUAUGUUCACUUCAUGCUAAAAGAGUCACUAUUAUGCCAAAAGAUAUGCAACUUGCAAGAAGAAUUAGAGGUGAAAGACAAUAAGUCUUGUGUUAUUUUUAAUUGUUGGAAAAGAGGGUUUUUUGAAUUGGUUUAAGAGAAACUAUUUUAUUAUAGUAAAAGUACAACUUAUUGGGAGUGUCAAGAGUAACGAAAAGUCUAAUACAAGUAAAUUUUUAUAUUUCUUU